UCUGGGGUUGUCUACAUGCCCCAGGGUUCGGACUUUCACUUCUCAGGCAUGUUAAGAUCUUUUAAUCCUCAUAGUUCCAUCGUCCGCCCCUCUCUUGGUUUCUAUAGCCAACCCAUUCGCAGCAUGACAGCUGCUAUCCGUCAUCCUUCCCUCCACCUCGUCCUCGGUCAACUACGCCUUUCGCUCUCUCCCAAGAUUAUGGCCGCAGGAACAUGAAAUUAGCAUAUCGCUCGCCCACCCCACUAUUAUUAUUCACUUUCGAAUACAUCCUAAACCUCUAUCCUGAUAAUUCUUUCUUUCUUGAACAGUUUAUAAAACCCCUCAAUUGUAGAUAGGGAUCCUCUUCCCCCGCUCUUUUUCUUUCUGUUCUCCCUUCCUAAGCUCAAGAUGCCUCACCGUUCUGAUACGGAACUGCUCCGGAUGGUCGAUCCGGAUGCAUCACUUGUCCUCGUGGGGAUUCGAGGGUGUGGGAAACGGUCCUUGGGAUUUGUCGCUGCCACAGCCUUGAAGCGCCGCUUUAUCACCGAAGAUCAUUAUUUCAAGGAAGUGACCGGUCUCUCGCGACAUGAAUACCUGCAUCGAUUCGGUGGCCAGGAGUUUCAACGGCGCGACAUUGAGGUACUGAAGAUGAUGCUGGACAACCAUCGUUCACGUUGUGUGAUUGAGUGUGGGCUGGGAAGUCUGACCCGGCCCAUCCAGGAACACCUCCGUCGGUAUUCCGUAACCAACCCUGUGGUGUAUAUAGUGCGCGAUAUGGAUCGCAUUCAGAGUCUACUUGGCUUAGAAGACCAGUCCGUCAAAUUACUGUCCGAAGGUGACCCCCUUCACCGAACCUGCUCCAAUUUCGAAUACUACAAUGUCGAGGACCGCUCCAGCCUGUCCGCUCAGCUCGACGACGAAACCCAAGAUCGUCGUUCGGUUGGCUACUCUUUCAAGCUGAAAGAGGUCAAGGAGGAUUUCACCCGAUUUGUUCGGUUUGUGACCGGGGCUGAUGUAGGGAAUUCUGGCUAUGAUUCCCCGUUUGUGCUGCUAGAGACCCCUCCAGAACUCCGGUCCUACACCCACGCUGUCCUCGUACGCUUGUCAGACCUUCUGGAGAACAGAGUCAACCUCCCCGAGCUCGAAUCCGGCGGAGAUGCUAUCGAAUUAUGCGUCGACCAGUGGGGCCCAGGAAUGGCGAUAACCGUCAGCAAACAAGUCUCUCUCAUCCGAAGAAACACCCACGUCCCGAUCAUUCUCUCCAUCGACAACUUGGCAUUGGGGAACCCAAACGGUGGAUUUUGCUCCACCACUGGGCGUGACGUAUACUUUGAUAUUGUCGAGCAUGGUCUCCGUCUUGCGGUGGAAUAUUUGGUUGUGGACCUGAGCCCAAAUCCCUCUUUGAUCCACUUUGCCAUUCGUAACCGUGGUAUGACCAAGAUUAUCGGUCAGCGCACAUUCGAAUCGGCUUCCGGUGUCAACUGGGAUGAUGAGCGGUGUCUUUCGUGUUAUCUGGAAGCAGAGAAGCUGGGCUGCCAGCUCGUCCGGAUCCUUCGCGUGGCAACUGAGCGCGAGGAUAAUUCCGCGGUGGCCAAGUUCACCAACAAGAUCCAGUCUAUACCUGGCGAGCACCCGCCAAUACUGGCAUUCAAUAUCGGGGGGCUCGGGCGCACCUCCCAGGUGUUGAAUUCGAUUCUCACUUCCGUCUCGCAUCCCGCGAUCCAGCGCCCGGCCUAUAAUGGGAGAGAUCCGCAGAUCACCUCGCGCGAUGCGGUCCAGGCCCUGUUUCAGAGCUACGCGUUGGAUCCUCUACAAUUUUACAUUCUUGGGGGUAGUGUCGCCUACAGUCUUUCCCCUGUCAUGUACAAUGCUGCUUUCCGGCAUUGUGGCAUGAGCCAUACCUACAGUAUUCCCGAAUCACCCACUCUUGCAGCAUUAGACCGGCUGGGUCGGGAUCCGCAUUUCGGGGGUGCCAGUAUUGUUCAGCCGUGGAGGGUGCAGGUGUCGCAGAAGCUUGCGGCGAAAAGCCGCCAUGCGGAAGCCAUCGGUGCUAUCAAUACAAUUAUGCCGCUGCGUGCGAGACCAGAUGGGACAAUGUUCCCCUUGCAAGAGCAAGCUAGCCGCCGCAACCAAGCUGGGCCGGUCCUGGGGUGGUAUGGGGAGAAUACGGAUUGGGUGGGCAUUAUGACAUGUAUCAACCGGAACCUUUCCCCUCGCAAUGCAAUCAGCCCGCUGAAGACAACAGGCUUGGUUAUUGGAGCAGGGGGCAUGGCUCGUGCCGCUAUCUACGCCAUGCUCCGCCUGGGUUGUCGAAAGAUCUUCGUGUACAACCGAACCUUGUCACGCGCGGAGAGCGUUGCUCGUCACUUUAACUCGUGGGCCGCUUCUCAGGUGGGAGCAGCCCAAGUGGUUUAUGUCCUCAGGUCACUCCAGGACGAAUGGCCUUCUGACGCUUGUCCACCAUGUAUGAUUGCAUCCUGUGUACCUGCAGACCCAGAUCGAGAUGAGCCGCCGGCAAACUUUGAGAUGCCUCUGCAGUGGUUAGGAAGCCCAACGGGUGGUGUAGUACUUGAGUUUGCAUAUAAACCAUUGGACACACCGCUGCUUCGCCAGAUGCGCCGCUUUCGUAGCGAGACUGGACGUCCAUGGGUUCUCGUAGAUGGGCUUGACAAUGUCGCCGAACAAGCCAUUGCCCAGUUUGAGCUACUAACUGGAAGGAAAGCACCACGACGGUUGAUGACUCUGGAGGCACUCCGCAACUCCGUUGGGGAGAAUGGGCCGUUUGACGAAAAGACCAUCCGGGCUCGUCUGGACAGCGUGCAAUAGUUUCCCCGUCUUCAUUGCACACCUAUAAACUGUAUAUAGUGCAUAGACUAAUCUGUAUGAAUAAUAUUAUGCAAUGGUGAC